CGCCGAGCAGCACAACUUUAUACGUCGGUCCUCGUGUAGGGGCCGCCAUCUUCACCUGAUGUAGAGAUUCUUUCUCCUGUUCUCACAAGCAGACCCACAGAUGGAGUUUCAGCAGCAGGCGAGAGCUUAGGCCGGCCCGAGGCUUACGCUGCCCCCACGCAUGCGCAUAUGGAAUUGUAGCUAGCCCAUAAAAGGGGCGUGGCUGCCUUGAGUUUAUACGAGCGUGGUUUGAAGAGCUAGCACUCGUGGAAGAAAGAGAUGGAGGGAAAUCAAAUGCUGCUGGCCUGCAUUGUCUGCGUGAUUUAUGCGUUCCUCGCAACGUCGGCUAGUGCAGUAGGACCGGAACAAGUGCACAUUUCGUUCGGCUACCAGCCAUCCCAGAUGUUCGUCAUGUGGUCCACGGCCCAGUUCGGCGACUCCACAGUGGCCUACGGAACCGACCAAUUCCAUCUGAGCAGCAAAAAGAGCGGCACGUGCUGGCGUUUCACGUACGGCAACCCCAAUGGUCUCCAAUACAUACACAGAGUCUUGCUGGAGGAUUUGAAGCCAGGCACUGGCUACUGGUACUACGUGCAGACGUCGGGCAACUCGAGCGACUUGUUCCACUUCACUACGAUGCAGUCAGGGGCAGGCUGGUCCCCCAAGGUCCUGGUGUAUGGGGACAUGGGGAAAGAGGGAGGGAGCCAGAGUCUGCCUUCUCUCUACAAAGAGGCAGCCAGCGGAGAGUACGCUGCUGUGGUGCAUGUUGGAGACUUUGCAUAUGAUCUUGACUCUGAUGGUGGAGAGAAUGGAGACGAGUUUAUGAGGCGACUAGAGCCUAUUGCAUCCACUCUUCCGUACAUGACUGCAGAAGGCAACCAUGAGAGUGGCUACAAUUUCUCGCACUACAUCAACCGAUUCUCAAUGCCUUCCAACUCCUCCAGUCCUCACUGGUACUCUUGGGACAUGGGCCCUGCUCACUUCAUCAGGUGUAAUACUCUCUCCCCACACACACAGGAAUCACUGCUGUCUCUCUAUCUCUCCAGCUACUCCACUGAGGUGUAUUUCUACUCCUAUUUCUCCGGCUGGGGGAUCUCGCAGCAGCUGAAGUGGUUGCAGGAGGACUUGGCCAAGGCUCAAACCAACAGAGCAGAGCGUCCGUGGAUCAUUGCCUACGGUCACCGCCCCAUGUACUGCUCCAACCUCAACAGAGAUGACUGCACCACCCCAAAGUCUGUUGUCAGAGCUGGACUGGAGGAAAUGUUCUACAAGGCUGGAGUGGAUAUAAUCCUUGAAGCCCACGAGCACAGCUAUGAGCGUCUCUGGCCAGUCUUCAACGAGACAGUCACUGCCAACAACUACAUUGACCCAAAGGCUCCAGUCCACCUUGUAUCUGGUACUGCUGGCUGCAGGGAGGGUGUGGACCCUAUGCUGGGACCUAAAGGUCCAUGGUCUGCAUUCCGUUCCUGGUAUCCCUCUCGACAUGGGUAUGGGAGACUGGAGGUGGUCAACUCCACCCACGUCUACUGGGGACAGGUGGUUGAUGGGAACAUGACGCUGGAGGAUGAGAUAUGGAUUGUGCAGCACUCUCAUGGACCCUUCAACUGAACCCUCACUGUGCAUGUGUGUGUUUACUUCAAAAAAUUCUGGACUUUUGUAUUGUGUGUGCGUAGUUUGUGAGAACUGUAUUGCUAGAGAAACUUGUCAUACACGGGACUGACGGGUGGCCUUAUUAUCCUUCCAUCGACGGUCUAGUUUAAUUGUUAAUUGUUAAUUUUUAUUUUUUUUGUUGUCUGUCGAAUUUUCCUUGCUGUUUACUAAUCAUUUUUCCUCAGUUUCUUUUGCGUUGUAUAUUUCUUAAUGAGCAUGCGCACAUAUGCUCUUUUGCGCAUGCCCAAGUGUAGCUGUUCAUACUGCGCAUGCGCACGGUUAC